UGGUUGAAAUAGGUAAUACGGGUGAUAUUUCCAAAAAGACGCAAUUAUAUUUCGUUGCGCAACGUUGGCAGCCAAUGAUCGCGUCCUGUCAUUAACCGUCGUGUGGUAUUCGUCGUCAUUUUGCGUUUUCCGCAGAGUCUAUCCGUCGUCAUUUUGUUGUGAAAGGUGUGUUUAAAAAAAAACUAGCAAUCGCUCCAAGUACAGGUUCAUUUCCAAAUUUGUGUGUACAUUGGUGGACGAUCUGUUGCGCCCCCAAAGUUAUCGCUUAACCUCUAAAAAUGUUGUGAGAUCCGAAAACAUUCAGAAAAAUGAUUGUGCUCACGGUGAAAACCCUCGAUUCUCAGAAUCACACCUUCACGGUCGACGACGACAUCACCGUCGAGGAAUUUAAAGCGAAAAUUGCAGACACGGUGAACAUUCCGGCGGAUACGCAGAGGAUCAUAUACUGUGGACGUGUGCUACAAGAUAGCGCGAAACUUAGCGAUUAUGAUGUCAAUGGGAAGGUUGUACACUUGGUACAAAGGGCCCCGCCAAGCCAGAACCCCCCAACUACGCGGUCCGCGUCCCCCCAGCCCCAGCGACGGGGCUUCAGAGGCUUUGAAACCGAGAACACUAUGUAUUUGGGUUCCAUGGCCUUCCCCAGUAAUUUAAUGGAGUCACAGGGGAUUGUACCCCCGCCGCCGACACAUAGUUUAGCCGGGAGUCGUCUGAACGUCGCUAGAAGAAUGCUGAGACGUGCUGAUGCUGUUAUAACUUUAUUGGAAAAUCCCUCGGCCCGACCCAAUGACCAGCCAUCCACAGAUGAACAGCAGGAAGAGGAAGUCACUCCUAUUAUAGAAGCACGCGUCAUAGUUCCUCCUGGAAAUAACGAAACUAUUGACGAGGCCAUGGUUCUAUCGGCUGUACAGAACACGUUGUUUGAUGCCGCUUCGGGCUCCAUACCAAUGGCAGCUGAGGUCACCAUUGAUGCUAACAAUCCGACGCAAAGCACUUCAGAGUCUCCCCCGGCUGAACGGUCAGCGUCGUCAACACCAGAGGAAGCAACGCCCCCGGCGGAUGCGGCGGAAGGGUCCAGCAGUGAACAGCGAGCUGGCGGCGGCGUCAGCGCUAGGACUCUUGCAGAUCGUGCUUCUAGAAAUGCUUGCCGGACCUCAGAGAUGGCGGAACUUCUAUCAACACUAAACCAACUACAGACCAGAUUCCAGCCAUUCUUGGAACGGUACCGCCAUUUCAUGGUCGAGGACCCCAUAAUACCACAAGAAAAUGUUCGUCAAACCCAAGCCAUGCUCACCCGAGUCUCCGAAGUGCUACACUUCCUAGGCCACGCCUACCACUCCCUCAGCGACAUCAUCAUUCGCGUUCGCACUCCCCCACCAAGACCGCUGCUGUGUCGUCCAAUCCUGAUUCAGCAUUCUGCGGUGGUGCAGGCCGGAAUCCCAAUCCAAGUCGAGGUAGCUCAAUUUAACCUGUCGGCGGAGCGUCCAAACGCAUCCACAACAACCAGUGCUGCCACCACAAGCACUGAGACCACGACGACGGCGGCGUCGAGUUCGGGGGAUACGACGAGGACUACGCAGGCGGCGACGGGAAAUGGAAGUGGAACCGGAACCGGAACUGGAACUGGAACUGGAACUCCACCGACGAUGAAUUUCAGGGGGUUCCCGUUCAUUCCUGCUGCUUCAAUGCGCGUGCAAUCUUUCCCGAUUGAAGUUCGGACUACAUCGCGGCCAGUGAACGUAGUUCACGCUAGAGGAAUGCAGAAUAAUAAUAAUAACACAGUCGGAGCUGGCGAAAAUAGAACUACCACUUCGACGCCGACCACCACGACCCCCACAACUUCGACGUCUACAACAAAUACUUUUAACGUGCCCAACUUUAAUAAUUCCAGUGUUGAAUUUUUUAUGGAAGUGACACCUGAAGUUUUGCAAGGAACCCUAAAUGGUCCUCCGCCCGAAUUCUUGCAAUCCCUCGUCCAAAUGGCCGGUCAGAUAAUGAACCGCAUCACCACCACCGCCCCCACCUCUGACACGAACACCACGACGACGACGACGUCGCCGACCGCCUCGGCCGACUCCUCCGCGGCGAGCACCACGCCGCCGCCGCAGCCGCAGAUGACCGCCACCCAGAGCACCCAGGCCCGCAGCAACACCCAGACCAAUCCUACCACGUCGACGCACACCCGCUCGACGCCGCGGCCUCACGUCCACCUGGCCCAGCAGGCCAUGCAGGGCGGCUUCGACCCGUUCCUGCCGUGCAACUCGCACCACGUGACUCACCGGAGGCGGGUGCAGCCGCAGGCGACGGGCGUGCCCACCGCCAGGCAGCCGCCCCGCCAGCCGGACGAGGAGGAGGGAGGCGAGCAGCGGGAGCGGCCGCCCACGCAGAACCUGCACAGUCUAUUCGACGAGAUCUACUCGUCGCUGAGGACAGCGUACAGGCGGAGGCGCGAGGCCAGCGCCGCGAACGCGCCGCCCCCGAACGGCGCCCAGGCGGAGCAGAGCGGAGCCAGCGCAGAGGCGGCGAGUUCGAGUGGGCAGGCCAGCGGAGAGGGCCGGCCGGAGGGCGGAGUUGGCGCCGGGCUGGCGGCUGGACAAAUGCCGCCGGGGUUGGCCAAUUUGUUGCCGAAUUUGCAGAGCACGUUGGCCAAUCUUCCCAGCAUGUUGCAAGGACCCACAAUUGCAGACAUCUUGCAACAACUACCGCUUGACGAGUCUCAGGACAAUCCUGGUGAAAGCAUCAUUACUGACCUCAUCAUGUUAUUGUCGAGAAAUUUGACUAUCGUUGACAUGAUUACUUUGAAUACCGGAAAUUUCGAACCCUUGAAUCGAGUGACCAAUGAAAUACGAACUUUCUUCAAUACCAGAGUGCUUGAUGGUUCAAACACACCAGAAGCUAUCAAUGCGGGAGUGGAUAGAUUCGUCAACGAGAUGCAGCCAUUCUUCCAAAAUUUUAGCCGCCUGCGCGUUCGGGACGACAUAGACAUAGUCAGAUCCGUGGAGACCCUUUUCAGAAGACGGUUACCCGACAUAAUCACCACUGCUACCAACCUCACUUCCGAAAACAUGCGAACACUGGUCGAUCAGUGUUUAAUGUUGGCUAAAAUGAUGUGCGCACUAGCUCUCCACAGUAGCCUUAACGGUCAGCAAGGAGUCGAAGAAACGUUCCAACAAAUCAUCACGUCGUACAUGCAAGGAAUCCCGGCGGAGCUACAAAACUGGACGAUGAUCACCAGUUGUGCCAACCUGCGGCACUUUAUGGCAAAUUUAGGCCUCAACGAGGCUGAAAUUGAACCGUAUAUUGUCCGAAACACGGAUGUGCCGAUGCCAACGCCACCUGAGCAGCCGGUACAGAGUGAGGUUAGGAGUACGUCACAACAAGAAGCAGAGCCUAUGGAGUUGGAUGAGCCUUUAGCUACAGGCGAGACGCCAGUGCCUGAGCUGCCGCCACUGUCACUAGGUGAUGAUCAAGAGCCUUUACCUAAUAUAGUGUUAGGUGCGGAACCGUGGCAUGGUCAAGUGCCUGAGGACUGGGUGCCGAUUAUCACAAGGGAUGUACAGAGGCAGAGGCGGCAAAACCCACAAGCGCCUUUUAGUGACGCCUAUUUGUCAGGAAUGCCAACCAAGAGGAGAAAGAUCGUUAAUAGUACUAAGCCACAAGGGAGUCUUCCACAGGUCAUUGCAGAGAGCGUAAGGAGAGCGGUGACAUCGACGGGAUUGGCAUCAGUCGCACCCCUAGAAGUAGUAUCCCAAGGAGCAGGCGAUUCUGCAGAUGUACAAGCCGCUUAUAGGAGUUUGUUGAGAACGACAGUGCAGACUGCGUUAAGAGAUAACGCUGAGUUCACGCCAGAGAGGUUUCCAAACGCUUCAACUUAUUUUAAGACGCAGUAAUAUUAUAAUAUUGGACAAAUAUAGUCUCACUUUAACCGUUGUAUUUAUCCUAUAUUAUUAUCAUCAUCACUGUGAGUACUGGUUGUUUAUAGUUUUGUGGGUUAUUUUUCUUAUAUUGUAAGAUCUUUGAUUGCAUUCACACUUGUAAUUAAUUUAUUGUUUAACUGAUUAGUAUAUAGAUUUUUUCAGUUAAUUUGUAUUUUUAUUAAGUAUGUGUUAUGUGAUUAGUGAUGAGAUGUGCUUUGAUAUUGUUUUUCUUUGGAAAAAAAAAGUUGUAAAUUUAGACAGUUGAAUAAAUAAAUCACCAACAGUUAUUUAUA